AUGGCUUUGCCACGAGCAUUGCUGCAGUAUAUCUGUGGCCUCGUGCUAUUAAUAGCUUCUGUCAACGCUUUGAAAUUCGACCUUACAGCUCGUGGACCAAACGACAAGAAGACGGAACGAUGUAUACGAAAUUUCGUCGCGAAGGACACAUUAGUUGUUGUUACCGCUACGGUCGGAGGAAGUAAGGGGGAUGGAAUGAUCGUCAACAUGCACAUUCUAGAUAACGUCGGCAACGAGUACGGCAAGCCUAAAGAUGUAGUCGGCGAACAACGAACUGUCUUCACCUCCCAUGCAGACGCUGCGUUCGACGUGUGCUUCGAAAACAUCAUGACGCAUGAGGAACAGGCUAAACCAAGCUCCCAAUUCAAAGCUCUUAACCAAUUCAAACCAGCGCGCAUGAACAACCCAAGCCGACACGUGGAGCUGGAUAUCGAUAUCGGCGCCGACGCCAAGGACUGGUCCGCCAUCCAGGCCACCGAGAAGCUAAAGCCCGUCGAGACCGAAUUACGUCGUAUCGAAGAGUCGAUCGCUGAUAUUGUGAGGGAGAUGGACUACUUAAGAGCGCGAGAGCAGAAGUUACGUGAUACCAACGAGAGCACCAACACCCGUGUUAAGUGGUUUGGUAUUGGCACCACUCUUCUACUUGUCGCACUAUGGGGCUGGCAAAUAAUGUACCUACGUGCCUACUUCCGAUCGAAGCACUUGAUUUAAGGAAGCGAACCCGAAUACAUAUCCCACGAGUUCGAGGAUUUGUCAGGCUUUACCAGACAACUAGACUUAGACUGUCUAUUUCUAGCAACGCUUAAGCGACUCUGCCGUGAUUAAGGAGUCCCGGAUUUACAGAGGAAUCAGGAGGGAGAAGGGAGGCUACAAAGGCGUGAUACGAGUAUUCCGGAGGGCAAAAUGGAUAAGGGUGGCAUGGAACACGAUAUCUUCAUGUCUUGUACGCAUAAUCUGUAUAGGUGUCUUCUGGCAUCGAGGAGUCGGGAGACGAAUACAAAAAUGAAUGAAUUGGCUCGAAUCUAAUGGCUGUAUCCUUCGACUGAGCAUACCAUGAAAAUACCAGAUGUGCUGAAGAUCAAUUCCCAAAUAAACGUUGGAAGGUAUAAUUAUCAGUUGUUUCUCUUUGCGUGCUAUGAAUUAUUAUAAGCCAUAUACCCUUACCUGUGUGUAAUGUGACAUCUAAUCAACGCCGAUCUGAUCGGGGAUGAUCGGAAUAUUAUUUGCAUAAUUUCUUCAUAUAAA